AUAUAUACACGCAAUAAUGAUUAUACACUAUACAACAAAUAUAUUAAUUAACUUUCUUGCCAUUUUCUUUGUGAAUUUUCAAAUCGUCCAUGGAAAUUCCUUUCUCUCUUCCAGUAGAUGAAGAAUACAAAGCUACUAAAUUUCGGCCACUCUCAUUAUCAUCACCUCACAUGCUUGCUUUUCACCUAUCAUGGUUAUCUCUCUUCUCCUGCUUCUUAUCCACCUUUUCUAUCCCUCCUCUUUUGCCUGUAAUCCGCGACAACCUUAACCUUACGGACGCUGACAUAGACAACGCAGGCAUUGCCUCGUUUGUUGGCUCCAUCUUCUCUCGUCUUGCCAUGGGGCCUGUCUGCGAUGUCAUGGGUCCUCGUAUUGCCUCUGCUACUCUCUCUCUCAUUACUGCUCCUAUUAUCGUGUCUACUUGUUUUGUUACUUCUCCUGCUUAUUUUAUCCCCGUUCGUUUUCUUGUUGGAAUCUCUUUAGCUAACUUUGUAGCUAACCAGUUCUGGAUGAGCUGCAUGUUCUCUGGAUGUGUGGUCGGGCUCGCCAAUGGUGUCUCCGCUGGCUGGGCUAACAUGGGAACCGGCGCGGCACAGUUAGUUAUGCCACUGAUUUACUCUUUUAUAAUGAAUUCAUUACAUGUACCUUCCUUCACUGCUUGGCGAGUCUCGCUUCUUGUCCCGGGAAUUUUUCAAGCUCUAACAGCUAUAAUGGUCCUGGCCUAUGGCCAAGACCUCCCUUCUGGGGACUAUAAAUACUCAGAGAGAGCUGGGAAACAGCAGAAACAAAACUUUCCUGAGGUUCUUUUUAAUGGGUUAAAGAAUUACAGAGGUUGGAUUCUGGGAUUAACAUAUGGGUUUAGCUUUGGUUCAGAAUUGACAACUGAUAACAUUAUUGCACAGUACUUCUACGACAGAUUUGGAGUGAAUCUUCAGGCUGCAGGGAUGAUUGCCGCAAGUUUUGGAUUGGCCAACUUCUUUUCCAGGCCUAUGGGAGGGGUUUUAUCCGAUAAGAUGGGGAAGAGAUUUGGGAUUAGAGGGAGGCUGUGGGGGCUGUGGAUGGUGCAGACCACUUCUGGGUUACUUUGUUUUUUACUUGGGCAAGUGAGUUAUCUUUGGAAUUCUGUUGCUGUGAUGUGUUUGUUCUCUGUGUUUGUUCAAGCUGCUUCUGGCCUCACGUUUGGUGUGGUUCCUUUCGUUUCCAAAAGGUCGUUAGGAGUGAUAUCAGGAAUGACAGGGAGUGGAGGAACUGUGGGGGCAGCAGUGACCCAAUUGUUACUGUUUUCAGGCUCUAGAUUCUCAAAGCAAACAAGUAUUUCUCUAAUGGGCCUUAUGAUAAUUAUUUUCACUCUCCCCGUCACCUUCAUCUACUUCCCUCAAUCGGGUAGCAUGUUCUGUGGCCCUUCUAGCAACAUUAAUUCAGCUGGUGAAGAUGCUGAAGAUUAUCACUUGCUUGUAUAAGACACAAGAAAUGGAGUCCGGGCGCAUGAACACCCGGCUUACAUUUGUUUAAUUGUUACUCAAGAACUCAAAGAAAGAAUGUCCAACAAUAUGUAGCUUUAUAGAGGAAAUAAAUGGAAAUUUAGGUAUAAAUUGCAAUA